AUGCCCUGCCCGCGCCCGGCGCUACUUAGAGCCGCCCGCGCCGCGCUGCUGCUGUCGCCGCCGCCCCGGCUCCCGGCCCGGCUCCCGCCCCCGCCUCCGGCCCCGCCCCGCAGGCCCCUCGGCACGCGCGCCCCCGGCCCGACCUCGUUCCCCGCGGCCGCCUCCCCGAGCAGCAUGGACGGCGCCGGGGAUGAGGAGGUGCUGGCCCCGCUCCGGCUCGCCGUGCGCCAGCAGGGAGAUCUUGUGCGAAAACUCAAAGAAGAGAAAGCACCCCAGGUCGAUGUGGACCGAGCGGUAGCUGAGCUCAAAGCCCGAAAGAGGAUUCUGGAAGCAAAGGAGCUGGCAUUACAGCCCAAAGAUGACAUUGUAGACAGAGCAAAGAUGGAAGAUACCCUGAAGAGGAGGUUUUUCUACGAUCAAGCUUUUGCUAUUUAUGGAGGUGUCAGUGGCCUGUACGAUUUUGGGCCCGUUGGCUGUGCUUUGAAGAACAACAUUAUUCAGACUUGGAGGCAGCACUUUAUCCAAGAGGAGCAGAUCCUAGAAAUUGACUGCACCAUGCUCACCCCGGAGCCAGUUUUAAAGACUUCCGGCCAUGUAGACAAAUUUGCGGACUUCAUGGUGAAAGAUGUGAAAAAUGGAGAGUGUUUUCGUGCUGACCACCUAUUAAAAGCUCAUUUACAGAAAUUGAUGUCUGAUAAGAAGUGCUCUGCCGAGAAGAAAUCAGAGAUGGAGAGUGUCUUGGCUCAGCUUGAUAACUAUGGACAGCAAGAGCUUGGGGAUCUUUUUGUGAACUAUAAUGUAAAAUCCCCCAUUACUGGAAAUGACCUCUCCCCUCCAGUAGCUUUUAACUUAAUGUUCAAAACCUACAUUGGGCCUGGAGGAAACAUGCCUGGGUACUUGAGACCAGAAACUGCACAGGGGAUUUUCCUGAAUUUCAAACGACUUUUGGAAUUCAACCAAGGAAAGUUGCCAUUUGCUGCUGCCCAGAUUGGAAAUUCUUUUAGAAACGAGAUCUCCCCUCGGUCUGGACUGAUCAGAGUCAGAGAGUUCACAAUGGCAGAAAUCGAGCACUUUGUAGACCCCAGCGAGAAAAACCAUCCCAAGUUCCAGAAUGUGGCAGACCUCCAUCUUAACUUGUAUUCGGCAAAAGCCCAAGUCAGCGGGCAGUCUGCUCGGAAAAUGCGCCUCGGGGAUGCUGUUGAGCAGGGUGUGAUUAACAACUCAGUAUUAGGCUAUUUCAUUGGCCGCAUCUACCUCUACCUCACGAAGGUUGGAGUAUCUCCAGAUAAACUCCGCUUCCGGCAGCACAUGGAGAACGAGAUGGCCCAUUAUGCCUGUGACUGUUGGGACGCUGAAUCCAAAACGUCCUAUGGCUGGAUUGAGAUAGUCGGAUGUGCUGAUCGGUCCUGUUAUGAUCUUUCUUGUCAUGCGCGAGCCACCAAAGUCCCACUUGUAGCGGAGAAGCCGCUGAGAGAGCCCAUAUCCUUUCUAGUUACUUCUCAGCUCAGGACUAACGUGUGA